UGUCGUACGUGUGAAACUCUUAACGUGAACUUUUACGUACAUCUACGUACGUAAUUCUUUUUAAAAAGUGACAUCACAAAUGACGUGAAUUCUAAGUUAUUCUGAACGAAGGAAUAUAUAUAUAUAUAUAUUAACUUAAGACAUUAUUUAGAAAAUAAGAACGAAGAAAACCACCAAUGCUGUGCGGAGUGAAACGGCUUUUGAACAGUUCUGCAAUUCGCUGUAUAAAUUUUCAAUUAGAAAAUACUUGCCACAGAACCAUGUCGGUCACAGUGGAUCCCAUGAUUGAAUCAGAGAUAAAUGUAAACAAGAGGCCCAUGUUAGACGACGGUAAUGACAACGAGGCCAAAAUACAGAAAACAGAAACAGAGACCGUGCAAAGGAUUAAGAGGAAAAAUCAUGCUAUGAUGCUCAGUUACCUCGGUAAAGAUUAUUAUGGCAUGCAAAGAAAUCCUGGUAUGAAGACCAUCGAGGAGGAUCUGGUCGCUGCCUUGUUAAAGGCGGACUUGAUAACUAGUGAGCAUUUUGAGAAUAUCCGUGCAAUUAAUUUCCAAAGGGCUGCACGUACGGACAAGGGUGUCUCGGCGAUUAGGCAGAUUGUCUCGUUAAAGCUGCCGGAAAAUCCCGACAAGGCAGUAAUAAACCAGCAUCUGCCCGACGUGAUCAGGGUAUUCGGAAUAAAGCGAGUGACGAAGGGUUUUAAUAGCAAAAAUCAGUGCGACGCUCGCACUUACAGAUAUGUCAUUCCUUCCUUCGCAUUUGCACCAGAGGAUCCGAGCCUGCUUAAACUUGGAGAGGAAGUCAGCGAGGAUGAGAGAAUCAAACAGGUGUCGGUUGUCGAUGGCAAACCGUACACCGAUUACAGAUUAUCUCCGGAAUCUUUGAACGAACUGAACUCGAUUUUGAAGCUCAUGGAAGGCACUCAUAAUUUUCAUAACUUCACGUCGAAGACGAAACCUUUAGAUCCGCGCGCGCGGCGCUACAUAAUUAGCUUCAACUGCGUGGAGACCUUCGUUUCGAACGGGCUGGAAUUCGCGGUGCUGGAGGUCAAGGGGCAGAGCUUCAUGUUGCAUCAAAUUCGGAAAAUGGUCGCGCUUGUAAUCGCGGUCGCGAGGAACCUCGUGUCCAAGGAGAAGGUUAACGAGGCGUUCAAAAUGGACAAGCUCGAGAUACCGAUCGCACCCAGUCUAGGUCUAUGUCUGUGUCAUGUACAUUACGAUAAUUAUGGGAAGAGAUACGGCGCGGACGGCCUGCACGAAACGCUAGACUGGAAAGAGUGCGAAGAAGAAGUGGAGAAGUUUCAGAAGCAAUACAUCAUGCGACACGUGGUGGAUACCGAGAUUUCAGAGCAAACGACGUUGAAAUGGGUAGCAAAUCUGCCCGAAUAUUCGUUCAGUAGUAUCGACGAAAUUUGUGAGGAUGUUGACGAAAAAGAAGAAACGGUGGACUACAUUUAGGCCUUUUAGCAUUUCAUUGUUUGUAAAAUAUAAAAAUUUAUGGUACCUCUGUAUCAAAUACACCGAGAGAGAAACAUUAAAAAAGAAAUUUUUUAA